AUAAGUCGAAAAAAGGUUCUUCUUUGUUAUUUUCUUCGAGUAGGCGUUUUAGGGUUUCAGAGGACUCAGCAACUCUGCUCCGCAUCGGCGCCAAUGGCGGUCGUAGCUCAACCGGAAGUGAAGCUUUUCAACAGAUGGACGUUCGAAGAUGUUCAGGUUGGUGACAUUUCAUUGGUGGACUACAUUGGGGUGUCUCCAUCCAAGCAUGCCACCUACGUACCACACACAGCCGGGAGGUACUCCGUGAAAAGGUUCAGAAAGGCACAAUGCCCCAUUGUGGAGAGGCUGACCAAUUCUCUGAUGAUGCAUGGGAGGAACAACGGGAAGAAACUAAUGGCUGUCCGAAUUAUUAAGCAUGCUAUGGAAAUUAUUCAUCUCCUCACAGACUUGAACCCCAUCCAAGUAAUUGUUGAUGCAGUGAUCAACAGUGGGCCAAGAGAAGAUGCUACUCGUAUUGGUUCUGCUGGUGUGGUGAGGCGUCAAGCUGUUGAUAUCUCUCCUUUGAGGCGCGUUAACCAAGCAAUAUAUCUUCUUACAACAGGUGCUCGUGAGAGUGCUUUUAGAAAUAUCAAAACUAUAGCAGAAUGCUUGGCAGAUGAGCUCAUCAAUGCUGCCAAGGGAUCAUCCAACAGUUAUGCCAUCAAGAAGAAGGAUGAGAUAGAGCGAGUUGCUAAGGCCAACCGUUGAGAGGCAUUUAGUUUACUGAGGGUGCUGAUGGCACAAGGGAUCAUUUUUGUUCUGCUUCUGUUUAUUGAACUUUCCUGCAUAGUUGAUUAUAUGGAUCUUUUCCAGUUUUGUAGUAGGUAGUUUUGUUGCUAAAUAUGUAUUUUUGAUUUUGAGGAUUGUUGUGGGAUUCUCUUUUCAAGUAUCAAACAUUAGAUUAUCUUUCC